AAACCUGCCAGAAUCCAUGAUCCCGACCGAUGCGGCCGAAGGGGAAAACCCCCCCAGAUGCCCCAAAGGGGAAUAGCGCCGAACGUGGCCAGCCCUGACGACGUCAUGGACUUCCGGCCAGAUUCGGUCGAUGAUGCAUCAGUGCUUUCACUGUCAGACCAUACCUUACCACUCACUCCCUUAUAAAGAUGGAGGAGGGGAACACAACUGUCACGCACAAGGAGUAUUUCCCCUCCAUCACCUAAUUCCCCCAUUCUGCAAUCAAUCACUCACUCCAUUUCACAAUGCCCUCCGACGAGCUGAGCAUAUCGGCCUACGGUGCCGCCCGCUCCACCAUCAAGGGCGAACCCCUCGAUGCUGAGGAGAUCCGCAAGACCGAUGCCUAUUUCCGCGCCAGCCUGUACCUGUGCCUGGGCAUGCUCUAUCUCCGGGACAAUGUCCUGCUGCAGGAACCCCUGAAGAAAGAACACCUGAAGGCCCGUCUUCUCGGCCACUGGGGCUCCGAUGCCGGCCAAUCCUUCACCUGGAUUCACAUGAACCGCCUGAUCAAGAAAUACGAGCUGGAUGUGCUGUUCAUCUCGGGCCCGGGCCACGGCGCCCCCGGGAUCCUCUCGCAGUCGUACCUGGAGGGUGUCUACUCCGAGGUCUACCCGGACAAGUCCGAGGACGUGGUGGGGAUGCAGAAGUUCUUCAAGCAAUUCUCCUUCCCCGGGGGCAUCGGCAGCCACGCCACGCCGGAGACGCCGGGCAGUCUGCACGAGGGCGGGGAGCUGGGGUACUCGAUCUCGCACGCCUUCGGCACCGUCUUCGACCACCCCAACCUGAUCACGCUGACCAUGGUGGGCGACGGCGAGGCCGAGACGGGCCCGCUGGCGACCAGCUGGCACAGCACCAAGUUCCUGAACCCGAUCACCGACGGCGCGGUGCUGCCGGUACUGCACCUGAACGGCUACAAGAUCAACAACCCGACGCUGCUGGCGCGCAUCAGCCACGAGGAGCUGUCCGCCCUCUUCUACGGCUACGGCUGGACCCCCUACUUCGUCGAGGGCAGCGACCGCGAGAGCAUGCACCAGGCCAUGGCCGCCACGCUGGAGCACUGCGUGCUGGAGAUCCGCAAGUUCCAGCAGCAGGCGCGCGAGUCCGGGAAGCCCUUCCGGCCGCGGUGGCCGCUGAUCGUCCUGCGCACCCCCAAGGGCUGGACCGCGCCCCGCGAGGUCGACGGCAAGCUCCUCGAGGGCUUCUGGCGCGCCCACCAGAUCCCCAUCACCGACGUGCUGACCAACCCCGCCCACCUGCAGGUACUGGAGGACUGGAUGAAGAGCUACGGCCCGGACCAGGUUUUUGGCAAGGACGGCAAGCUCAUCCCCGAGCUGAAGGCGCUGGCCCCGACGGGCAACGCCCGCAUGAGCGCCAACCCCGUCGGCAACGGCGGCCUGCUGCGGCGCCCGCUCGACCUGCCGGACUUCCGCCAGUACGCGCUGGAUGAGAUCGAGCCGGGCGUCUCGGUGCGCGGCAGCAUGGUCAACAUGUCCAAGUUCCUGCGCGACGUCGUCGGCCGCAACCUGACCAACUUCCGCGUGUUCGGGCCGGACGAGACCGAGUCCAACAAGCUGUCCGAGAUCUACAAGGCGGGCAAGAAGGUGUGGCUGGCGGAUUACUUCGAGGAGGACAACGACGGUGGCAACCUGGCGAUGCAGGGCCGGGUGAUGGAGAUGCUCAGCGAGCAUACCUGCGAGGGGUGGCUGGAGGGGUACGUGCUGUCCGGGCGCCACGGGCUGCUGAACAGCUACGAGCCGUUCAUCCACAUCAUCGACUCGAUGGUCAACCAGCACUGCAAGUGGAUCGAGAAGUGCCUGGAGGUGGAAUGGCGGGCGAAGGUGGCGUCGCUGAACAUCCUGCUGACGGCGACGGUGUGGCGCCAGGACCACAACGGGUUCACGCACCAGGACCCCGGGUUCUUGGAUGUCGUCGCCAACAAGAGCCCCGAGGUGGUGCGCAUCUACCUGCCGCCCGACGGCAACACGCUGCUGUCCGUGACGGACCACUGCCUGCGCAGCGCCAACUACGUGAACGUGAUCGUGGCGGACAAGCAGGACCACAUCCAGUUCCUGGACAUGGACGAGGCGAUCGCGCACUGCACCAAGGGGCUGGGGAUCUGGAACUGGGCGAGCAACGACCAGGGCCACGAGCCGGACGUGGUGAUGGCGUGCUGCGGCGACGUGCCCACGCACGAGGCGCUGGCGGCCACCGCGCUGCUGCGCGAGCACGUCCCGCAGCUCCGGGUGCGCUUCGUCAACGUGGUCGACCUCUUCCGGCUGAUCUCCAAGAUCCACCACCCGCACGGCAUGUCCGACCGCAUGUGGAAGUCCAUCUUCACCGACGACAAGCCCAUCAUCUUCAACUUCCACUCCUACCCCUGGCUCAUCCACCGCCUGACCUACAAGCGGCCCGGCCAGCACAACAUCCGCGUCCGCGGCUACCGCGAGAAGGGCAACAUCGACACCCCCUUCGAGCUGGCCGUGCGCAACAACACCGACCGCUACAGCCUGGCCAUCGACGCCAUCGACCACGCCCAGUCGCUGGGCAACACCGCCGCCGGCGUGCGCGAGAAGCUGCUGAACAUGCAGCUGAUCGCCAAGCAGAAGGCGUUCGACGAUGGGUUGGAUCCGGAUUAUAUCCGCAACUGGACGUGGCAGUGGCCGAAGAAGAAGUCGGAGGGGGUUUAGGUGCCCCCCCACCCAAGCUCCAAGUUUGACGAUCAUUUCCUUUAUCUUAAUGCUCAAUUCUUCAAACUAGUUGGCGAAUGCUAUCCCGAAAUCUAGUACCUAGUACAAUCUAAUGAAUGCCCUUUCCGAAAAGUUCAAUACCUCAUAACUCGUAAACCCUGAUCGUCACUCCGUAGCCCUAUUCCCUAUACCCCCUACCGGGAAAACAAACUAGAGCCCAACCU